UAUUGACAUUCGUUUUCCUCAAUUAAGAAAUUAAUACGGCAUUGUUCCAAACGAAAUAUUUUGCUUUCUAAAAAUUCAAUUAAUAUUGCAAAUAUGAGUGGCAGAUUAACAACAAAAACUGGCGAAAUUGUCGCUUAUAGUGAGGCGGCUAUACGCGGUAAUAUUUCGGCUGUAGAAUAUUGCCGUACUUCCAUGGCUGCACUAUCCGGUUGUGCUGCAGGUAUUUUGGGACUGAAUGGAUUGCUUGGAUUUUUGUUUUACUUCCUAUCAGUAUUCGUUUUGUGGCUGUUGGUUUUGGCAAAAUCCGGCACACAGUGGCGCAAAUUUUUCAUCAAUCGCCAAAGUUUGCUGACUAACAACUUCAUGGGCGGCUUAUGUACAUACGUGCUUUUUUGGACAUUCCUCUACGGCAUGGUUCAUGUUUAUUAAAAUAGGUUUUAUGGUGUAGAUGCGUAUCACUUUUAUAUUGAACUAAGAAACUAUAUAGGACAUUUAAUAUUCAAAAAUACAACUAUGUGUGUGUAUACCGAGA